ACUCGCUGACUUAAGUGGGUUCUGUCAGCUGAUCUCUCUUGGUGAGGUUAUAACAGAUAGGGCUAUAGUUGUGGGAUUACUUUUUUUAAUAUAGGGAUUUGUAGUGUGGUUUUAUUUGUAUGUACUUGAGUUUGUAUGUACCCUUCUGUUCAAAACUUCCCUUUUCACAGGUCAGAGGGCAACCAAACAACCCGAAAAACGGAGCCAGGUGGAGUUUUAGAAACUUCUUCUUCCCAGCUGGGCAGAUCCUUGUGCUUCCAGAACUCUUGAGACCUGGACAGGCCUUUGACAGAAGGAAUCUUAUGUUUGAUGUUAGGAACUGCAAGCACAGAUUGAUCUAGUGCACAACUGCUGAGAAGCGGAGUCUUUGCCACCAGGAAGCAUCUUGAGGACUUCUGGGAAACUGACGAAACUGGACGUCAACUGCUGAGGAAGACAGGUGCACGUGACAAAAAGAAGGGAGAAGAAAGUGAAGUGGAGGAUGGAGACACAGAGCAGAGGACGUCUGAGAGGAGGAGGAGGAGGCGGUGGCGUGCCUUCAGAAAGAACUGUGUCCUGUCUUCUGCUCACACUCAUCAUUGGCGUGUGUUGCAUUCAUGCUCUGGAGAUGUCUACUGGUAAGGUUCCAUUUCUAGAAGCAGUGAACGGCAGCACAGUGCUUCUGCCUUGCACCUAUGCCAGCUGUAUUGGGAUCACUAACCUCUACUUCAAAUGGGAGUUCAAUGAUAAUGGCACCAUGCAGAAGAUGGCUGAUUCUGUAAUUCCAACGGAUCACGUGGAGCCAAAUAAAGUGAACAUUUACCGUGAGAGGGUGGAGUAUGUCGGUUCCAGUAAAGAAAAUAACAUCUCCAUCCUGCUUUGGAAUGUAACAUUUGAGGAUGCAGGCGUCUACAUCUGCUUUGGCAAAAACCCCAAAGAGAAGGGCAAGAAUCACAGCGCCAUUUUCACUCUAUAUGUAGUAGAGGAACUAAGGGAGGUUGAUAACACACUCACCAUCAUGAUUGCCUCCUGUGUUGGUGGAUUCAUCGCUUUUUUAAUGGCCUUCAUGCUGCUAAAGAACUUCACUCUGUUCGUUCUCGCAAAGAUUGAGGAAAACAAUAAGGAAUGCCUCGUCACCUCCUCAGGGAUUGAUAACACAGAGAACGGUCUGUCGGGCUCCAAAUCUACACCAAAGAAAGCAUGACAGCGUGCAACCAAACACAGUCCCACAUGCACGUGAAAACAUGGAUCAGCCAUCAUGCUGUGCCCUCUCUUUUUAUUUACAUCCGUGUUUACAAAUGCUAUACUUAUGUUUUUAUUAUGUAGAGCAAUCAUAGUAUUAAACAAGAUUUUCAUUCAUAACAUUUCCAUGGAUGAUAUUCACAUGACUCAUUUUAAACAUUUAGUUGAUGCAUAAACACGGAUAUGAAUAAAAAGAGGGGCAUAAUGUAUUUCUGCAUAUAUUUCAAUUUAUAUAUGCAUUUAAAUAUGCACCACACAUGCAGCCUCACGCACUUUAGUUUCUUGGCCCACACCGAAUCUGUGGGCUGUAUUUAUUCUUAUGAUAGAAAAAUUUUAUAUUUUCUUCAACAAUGCUUGACACAGGGAAAAAUGUAGCUAUGCUAUUCAUUUAGUUCAUUGAACUGGACUGUAAAACUGUGAAGGCCCCAUGGCCUCAUUUGUACUGUAGGUAUGUAACUAAAAUAGUUGUGAAAGGAGUACAUUUCUUGUGUUAAAAAAAACAAAACAUGCAGUGCUGUUUGUCAGAUGGCCAUCGAAUUUGAAAAUAUAUCUGUUGCAGAAAGAUCAGUUAUGCAACAGUGAUUUGCAUUGUUUCACUGACAGACUGUCAUAGCUGAUUAAUGACACUGCAUGUUUUAAUGCAGUACCUCUAAAUAGAGCAAAAAAAUAAAUAAAAAUCAGCAGAACUCUGAUUGUAAUAAGCAUGAAGGGAGAAUUAGGCCUUAUUUGAACAGUCUUGAGUCCAGUUCAAAAUAAACAUUACCGUUUUUGCUUGAAAAUGAAACACAGGUGCCUGUUAACGCUUCUGUCGCCACCUUUUGGCGAGGAUGACAUUACAUUACAAUGCAAAGAAAAAAAAAAAGAGAAUACAAAACAAAAGGAAAAAAAACGCUGCAAAACUGCAAAAGCCACCAAACAGUUAGUAAAUACAAGCUAAUGAAUGAUACUUGACAAUCCGUAGAAAUCAGUAUCCUCUUAGAGAAAUCCCUGAAUGAAACACUGAAAAUGAUGCUUCAAAUAAUUUCCAGUGCAUUAUAGCAUGUUAAAUGGCCAGACGUUUUAGGAGUACAUGGCUGACUAUAACAGUAGAGACAUUAUAUGUAAUGCUUUUUUAUUGAAAUA